UAAGGCAGUAAAUCUCUAGAGCUGACUAAUAAUCAAGCUUGUCACCCUUAAUUAUAUUUUACUUUUGCAAUCUGACUAUAUUAUGUGGUCUUCAAACAUCAAUUAUUGGCUCCAUUUGAUUUACUCUGUUUUAUAUUUUUUUAUAGGUUUUGGCGUUUUGCAAGUGUUUGAAAAGAAUUUGAGUCAAGUGGAACUUUCAAUCUCGAUUCAUCGGAGGUUAAAAUAGAAUGUCUGGUCAAAUUGAUUCUAAUUUUGAGGAUGAUGUUGAUUUUGUGCCAUCAACUACAAAUGAAGUACAAUCUGUUAGCAAUACAGUAGAUGAAACUCAGAAUCAGAGAAAAAGAACUUCUCGUGCAUGGGAUCAUUUCACACGGGAAAAAAUUGAUGGAAAAAUUAAAGCAGUUUGCAAGUAUUGCGAGCGUAAGCUGGUGGGAGAAACUUCUAGUGGGACUAGGCAUUUAAAUUCUCACGUGAAAACGUGUCCUGUAAGAAAGGCCCAACUUGCCGCCAAUCCUAGUGCAACAGCAAGCCCUUCGGUUUCUUUUAAUUUUGAUCCUGAUUUAGCAAGGACCAAAUUGGCUCAAAUGAUCGUUAAGCACGAAUAUCCCUUGUCUAUGGUUGAGCAUAGCGGGUUUAUAGAAUAUUCAAGCACUUUAUGUCCCAUGUUUCAAAUGGUGUCAAGGAAUACAAUUAGGUCAGACAUUAUGAAAAUGUAUAAAACUGAGAAAGAAAAGUGCAGGCAAAAUUUGGAAAAAAGUAGGAGCAGAAUAGCCAUAACCAGUGACAUGUGGACUGCAAAUCAUCAGAAGAGGGGAUAUAUGGCUGUAAAGUAG